AAAUUUGUUAAAUAAAUAAUUGGUGGACGAAUCUGUUUUGCUCACUUUCUUGGUCUUUUAUAUGCCUCACCGAUAGAAAGUGAAGCAAUGAUGCGCUUAACAGAGAAAGACCCAGAAACAUUGAGAGAAGGGAGCUGGGACGGUGACAGCUGACACCGAUGCUACUCAACCGUGACCACAUCUUCUCGAAACCACCUAAGUUUCCAUCUUUAUUAGCAAUUUAAUUUGUUGGGUCGGAUUAAAUUGCUCCCAAGGACAAGAAGAAGAAGUUGCAGAAGCAGAAAUGAUGGAGAUGAAGGAGGAAGAAUCUCAGAAAAUGGCGGUUUUCAAAGGCAGAGAAAUAUUCGGGUCAAAUUUUUUGCACAUGGUUCUGGCUCUGGGUAUUUGGCUGGGUACAAUCCAUUUCAACGCGGCUCUGGUUCUCUUCACAAUCUUCUUCCUUCCAUUUUCCAAGGCCCUUCUUGUACUUGGGUUGCUUGUAUUGUUUAUGAUCAUCCCAGUUGAUGAUAAGAGCAAACUAGGAAGAUCACUUUCCAGGUACAUAUGUAAGCAUGCCUGUGCUUAUUUUCCCGUGACUCUGUACGCAGAGGACAUCAAUGCCUUUGAUCCUAAUCGCUCUUAUGUCUUUGGUUAUGAACCACAUUCGGUUUUGCCAAUUGGUGUUGUUGCACUUGCUGACCUUACUGGGUUCUUGCCUCUCCCCAAAAUUAAGGUCCUUGCGAGUAGCGCGGUGUUCUACACACCAUUCCUGAGACAUAUAUGGACAUGGCUGGGUCUUACACCGGCCACAAGGAGUAAUUUUAUCUCCCACUUAUCUGCUGGUUAUAGUUGUAUCAUUGUGCCUGGUGGAGUGCAGGAGACAUUUUAUAUGGAGCAUGGCACUGAGAUAGCAUUCCUCAAGUCGAGAAGAGGAUUUGUUCGAAUAGCCAUGGAGCUGGGUAAUCCCCUGGUUCCAGUUUUCUGCUUUGGUCAGUCAAAUGUUUACAAGUGGUGGAAACCAAGUGGGGAAUUGAUUUUGAAGUUUGCUAGAGUUAUCAAGUUCACCCCAGUUUUCUUCUGGGGAUUAUUUGGAAGUCCUGUACCGUACAGUCAUCCAAUGCACGUGGUGGUCGGAAAACCAAUUGAUGUCAAGAAGACUCCACAACCCAGCAUGGAAGAGGUGAAUGAAGUGCACGGUCAGUUUGUCGCAGCACUGCAGGAUCUUUUCGAACGGCACAAGGCACGGGUUGGACACGCUGAUCUCCAAUUGAAAAUUCUUUGAACAGAUCGUACGUACUCUAGCUAUGUACACCUAUACAUGCAGCUCCCUCUUCUCCGGUUUUUUUUUUUUUUUAAGGAAUUCUUAAUGAAACACUUCUGGUACUGUUCGCUUUUAACAUUAAGGACAUUUUUACCUUGAAAAGUCGUUCCUGGUACUAUUCACUUACACCUUUAUUUUAUCAUUUUGAUUAAAACUAAAGUUUUGAGGACUUUUCGUUAGUUUUUUUUUUUUCUAUUCAUUUUCUGGGAAAUUUAGCGAUAACACAUUGUAUUAACUAUAAAGUCAGAUUGUAAAAUCGCUCUUGAUGUCUUAGCUAGUAGUCAAAGCUGAUAGUCAAAACCUUCAUCUGGAGCAACAGAAAGUGGCA